CGCCUGACCAACAUACGCACAUCAAAUAAACGUGUUGCCGCAUAGAGAGACACAGACCCUUUACGAGGUUAUAUACAGUACACAGCCCAAACAACCAAUAUGAAUUUGCCAACCUUUUCCAUUCCGACCAACAUCGGCGGGUUCGACCUGGAUGUCUUUGCACUGACGACUACUGUGGGUAAGAAGGUAGAGCAGGCAACCUCUGAGCUACUGGUGAUGGAGGAUUGGGCAUUGAACCUCGAGAUCACCGACCGCGUUAACGCCACUGACGAUGGCCCUGGCGAUGCCGCACGAGCAAUCCGUAAACGUUUGGGAAACAACAACGAACGUGUAGUGACACUCGCACUCAAUCUGCUGGAGGCGUGUGUGCAAAACUGCGGCCAGCGAUUCCACAUGUCCAUGUGUCAGAAGGAUGUGUUCCCCAGUCUGGGCAAGGUGGCUGAGAAGAAGAGUGUCUCGGGAGAGCACGCACGCCGUCUAUUGGCCGAAUGGGCCAUCUCAUUCGACGGCAAGAGACAUCUAUUCCCAGAACUAUACACUGUUCAUGCGGAACUACUGAGCAAGAGUAUCGAGUUCCCCGAGAUCAACCCCAACACAGUCACUCCAAUUCAUAUGGCUGAGCCUGAUUUUGCAGUACCGGACACAGAAAUUACAACGCAGCAACAACAGUCACCGCUACAGCCACACAACACGUCACAGCGCAUAGUCCCCACAGACGCGCAGAUUACAAAGUUGGCCGAUGAGUUGGAGAUCGUCAAAGGCAACGCAGAUGUGCUGGACGACAUGGUCAACGCCUUAGACGCCACAGACAAUCCCACCGAUUCUGAACUGCUCAGCGAGAUAGUGGAGACGACGCGUGCGAUGCAUCAGCGAGUGGUGACGCUGAUAUCACAAGUGGACAACGACCAGAUCAUGAACACGCUGCUACUGGUAAAUGACCAGUUGGUGCAUGGCUUUGACGAGUACGAGAAGAAGUUAGCGCUCUAUCAGACGAGUCAAAAGGCCAUGGCCCCCCCAAGCACAGCUCAAAGGGACACAGCAGACACGACCAAACCACCCACCACAGCCACCAACGACCCCACAACAGGAGAGGCAGACUUAAUAGUCAUGGACACCCCAGCGACGACAACACCGAAUGCGUCAACAGUCUCUCAAACGGAGGACUUGGCCGAUGAUUUUGAUGGUCUAGAUCUGGAUACGUCCACCACUACGCACUCUACAAAUGCCACAGAUGAGAUGACGGAAGAAGAUUUCGACGACUUCUUAGGCGAAAGCAAAAACUGAAAUGGUCGACAAAGGAUACAACCGAGUACUUGAUGCUACGGCUUGUCUCGGCCUGUUCGCAGUUUUAGCGUUGUGUGUAGUCUAUAUCGCACACUCGUUUGCAGCGCAGACAGCAAUGCAAAAUACAGUGGAGACAGCAAUACAAAAGAAGCGCAGCGCCAUACCUACGGAUGAUUGUACGGUUGUCGGCUGUGAAGUGCUAUAGACUGUACGUGCAGUCCUGUAUGAAGAUUGUACAUUGCACCUGACAUCGACACACUUUGUGCUUCAAGGUUUGAGCAAACAUGAUGAAACCCUGGAACCCCACAACGUACCUCAAAUUAUUUCUCAGUCCAAUAGCAACUGGUUCAAAUUGGUUAAGAAGAAUGUAUUUGUCAGGGAUCGUCAUCUUUGUACUGAAAAUAUGCAGUUCAAUAAAAAUUCCUAUAGAUAUGCGCAACGUGAGCCAUGAGCAGACGGACGCAUACUACAAUGGCAAUAUGUGCAGCCAUGCCUGUGUAUAUAGUCUAUAUGGGACAUUACAUACGAGUGUUGUACGACAGCUCACACGAUUGC